CUUGGUUCUAACUCGCCCGCCCGGCCCCUCUCCCCGCUCCCCGCUCCCUCUGCAGCUAGAGCUACGGACGCCACCGGAUGUGGGGCGGGGGAGGCCGGGGGCAGCGGGGGCCCGAGAGCCCGGGGGCGCUUAGAAGACCCGGUCGGGCUCCAGCCCAAAAAAACGAGAAAGAGGAGAGAGUGGAGCCAGGGAGAGACGGGCAGACAGGGAGAGGCCCGGAGGCAGGGGCAGGCAAAUUGGGAACCGCCCUGCAGCUCGACUCGGUUCUCUCCCACUUCUGGAGCCCAUGCACGUGUUGAUUUAGGGUCAAAAGAUCCCUCCCCCCCACCCCAUCAGCCCCUUCCUCCCCACCCCCUGCAGCAGAGGGAAGAGAGAAGGGGGGAAAGACGGGCCCAGGUAGCCGCGGUGCCCGAGAUGUGAAAGUGACUCAGGCUGUAGGCCAUUACUUCCUGAGUUUUCGGGACAUCUUAUCGGCCUCGAAUCGAUGCCUGGGCUCCUAAGAUCGGAAGACUGACAAGGGGUUGGGGCGCUGAACCCGGACCGUGCUGGCUGUAGAAAGGAGCCGCUGCCGCGGCGCGGAUUGCUGGCAGGCGCAACCUUCGUCCGGACGCUGCCUCCUGAGCGCCCUCCGGGGCUCCCUGGCCUGCUGUUUGGGACUAACUCGGAUCUGAAAGAGAGCAAGAGAUCUUCGGAAUGAUGGCAGGGGUCGGGGCCCCCUUCGCCAAUGGCUGCGGGGCCUGCGCUCCGUCGGAGGCCGAGGCUCUUCACCUCUGCCGGAGUUUGGAAGUGGGCACAGUCAUGACCUUGUUCUACUCCAAGAAAUCCCAGCGACCUGAGAGGAAAACCUUCCAGGUCAAGUUGGAGACCCGGCAGAUCACGUGGAGUCGAGGGGCAGAUAAAAUCGAGGGAGCGGUUGAUAUUCGUGAAAUCAAGGAGAUCCGGCCUGGGAAAACCUCUCGUGAUUUUGACCGUUACCAGGAGGACCCGGCCUUCCGGCCCGACCAGUCCCAUUGCUUUGUUAUCCUGUACGGCAUGGAAUUCCGCCUGAAAACGCUGAGUCUGCAAGCCACCUCGGAGGACGAAGUGAAUAUGUGGAUCAAAGGCUUGAACUGGUUGGUGACUGAUACCGUGCAGGCGGCCACGCCUCUGCAGAUCGAGAGGUGGCUCCGGAAGCAGUUCUACUCCGUGGAUCGGAAUCGGGAAGACAGGAUUUCUGCCAAGGAUCUUAAGAACAUGCUGUCCCAGGUCAACUACCGAGUUCCCAACAUGCGGUUCCUGAGGGAACGGUUGACGGACAUGGAGCAGCGGAGUGGGGACAUCACCUAUGGCCAGUUUGCGCAGCUCUACCGCAGCCUCAUGUUCAGUGCCCAGAAAUCGAUGGACUUUCCUUUCCUGGAAGCCGGCACCCUGAGGGGCGGGGAUCGACCCGAGCUCUGCAGAGUUUCCCUGUCGGAGUUUCAGCAGUUUCUCCUGGAAUACCAGGGGGAGCUGUGGGCCACUGACAGGCUGCAGGUGCAGGAGUUCAUGCUCAGCUUCCUCCAAGACCCGCUCCGGGAAAUCGAGGAGCCUUACUUCUUCCUGGACGAGUUUGUUACCUUCCUGUUUUCCAAAGAGAAUAACAUCUGGAACUCCCAGCUGGAUUCGGUGUGUGUGGACACCAUGAACAACCCUCUGUCUCAGUAUUGGAUCUCUUCAUCUCACAACACGUACCUGACCGGGGACCAGUUCUCCAGCGAGUCCUCCUUGGAGGCCUAUGCGCGGUGCCUCCGGAUGGGCUGCCGAUGCAUCGAGUUGGACUGCUGGGAUGGACCGGACGGGAUGCCAGUCAUUUACCAUGGACACACCCUCACCACCAAGAUCAAGUUCUCCGAUGUUCUGCACACCAUCAAGGAGCAUGCCUUCGUGACCUCGGAGUACCCCGUGAUCUUGUCCAUUGAGGAUCAUUGCAGCAUCGCUCAGCAGAGAAACAUGGCCCAGUACUUCAAGAAGGUAUUUGGCGACACGCUUCUCACCAAGCCCGUGGACAUUGCGGCUGAUGGUCUGCCUUCGCCCAACCAGCUCAAGAGAAAAAUCCUUAUCAAGCACAAGAAGCUGGCUGAGGGCAGUGCCUACGAGGAGGUGCCCACGUCGGUGAUGUACUCAGAGAAUGACAUCAGCAAUUCCAUCAAGAACGGCAUCCUCUAUUUGGAAGACCCCAUUAAUCACGAGUGGUACCCGCACUACUUUGUACUGACCAGCAGCAAAAUCUAUUACUCAGAGGAGACCAACAGUGACCAGGGCAACGAGGACGAGGAGGAGCCAAAGGAGGUGAGCAGCAGUGCCGAGCUACACUCCAGCGAGAAAUGGUUCCAUGGGAAGCUAGGGGCCGGUCGGGACGGGCGACACAUCGCCGAGCGGCUGCUUACCGAGUACUGCAUUGAGACCGGAGCCCCCGACGGUUCCUUUCUGGUUCGGGAGAGUGAGACCUUUGUCGGGGACUACACCCUGUCCUUCUGGCGGAACGGGAAGGUGCAGCACUGCCGGAUCCACUCCCGUCAGGACGCCGGCAGCCCCAAGUUCUUCCUGACAGACAACCUGGUGUUUGACUCGCUCUAUGACCUCAUCACCCACUACCAGCAGGUGCCGCUGCGAUGCAACGAGUUCGAGAUGCGCCUUACGGAGCCCGUGCCUCAGACUAACGCACACGAGAGCAAAGAGUGGUACCACGCCAGUCUGACCCGAGCCCAGGCGGAACAUAUGUUGAUGCGGGUUCCCCGGGACGGGGCCUUCCUCGUGCGAAAGCGGAGCGAGCCCAACUCCUACGCCAUCUCCUUCCGGGCAGAAGGGAAGAUCAAACAUUGCCGGGUCCAGCAGGAGGGGCAGACGGUGAUGCUGGGGAACUCGGAGUUUGACAGCCUUGUAGAUCUCAUCAGUUACUAUGAGAAGCAUCCACUGUAUCGAAAGAUGAAGCUCCGGUACCCCAUCAAUGAGGAGGCAUUGGAGAAGAUGGGCACAGCGGAACCUGACUAUGGAGCUCUGUAUGAAGGACGGAAUCCAGGUUUCUAUGUGGAGGCAAAUCCUAUGCCAACUUUUAAGUGUGCUGUCAAAGCCCUCUUUGACUACAAGGCACAGCGGGAAGAUGAGCUGACCUUUACGAAGAGUGCCAUCAUCCAGAAUGUGGAAAAGCAGGAGGGAGGCUGGUGGAGGGGAGACUAUGGAGGGAAGAAGCAGCUCUGGUUUCCAUCCAACUAUGUGGAAGAGAUGGCCAAUCCUGCCACUUUAGAGCCUGAGAGGGAGCUUUGUUCUUUACAGCAGUUGGAUGAGAAUAGCCCCCUGGGAGAUCUGCUCCGUGGAGUCCUGGAUGUGCCGGCCUGCCAGAUCGCUAUCCGCCCCGAGGGGAAGAACAACCGACUCUUUGUGUUCUCGAUCAGCAUGGCGUCCAUUGCCCAUUGGUCCUUGGAUGUGGCUGCUGAUUCCCAGGAGGACCUACAGGACUGGGUGAAGAAGAUCCGAGAGGUUGCCCAGACUGCGGAUGCCCGGCUCACAGAGGGAAAGAUGAUGGAACGAAGGAAGAAAAUUGCCUUGGAGCUGUCUGAACUUGUCAUUUACUGUCGGCCCGUCCCCUUCGAUGAGGAUAAGAUCGGCACCGAGCGGGCCUGUUACCGAGACAUGUCAUCCUUCCCUGAGACCAAGGCAGAGAAAUACGUGAAUAAGACCAAAGGCAAGAAGUUCUUGCAGUAUAAUCGGCUUCAGCUGUCACGCAUUUACCCUAAGGGCCAACGGCUGGACUCUUCCAACUAUGACCCUUUGCCCAUGUGGAUUUGUGGCAGCCAACUUGUGGCCCUCAACUUCCAGACUCCAGACAAACCCAUGCAGAUGAACCAGGCCUUAUUCAUGUCCAGUGGGCGUUGUGGAUAUGUGAUGCAGCCAAGCAACAUGAGAGACGAAGCCUUCGACCCCUUUGACAAGUGUAGCUUGCGUGGGAUAGAGCCAUGUGCGGUCUGCAUUGAGGUCCUGGGGGCCCGGCACCUCCCCAAGAACGGCCGGGGCAUCGUGUGUCCUUUUGUGGAGAUUGAGGUGGCCGGGGCCGACUACGACAACAUGAAGCACAAGACGGAGUUUGUGGUGGACAAUGGUCUGAACCCCGUUUGGCCGGCAAAGCCCUUCCACUUCCAGAUUAGUAACCCCGAGUUUGCUUUCCUGCGCUUUGUGGUAUAUGAAGAAGAUAUGUUCAGUGACCAGAAUUUCUUGGCUCAGGCCACCUUCCUGGUGAAAGGCCUAAAGACAGGAUACAGAGCGGUGCCUUUGAAGAAUAACUACAGUGAGGACUUGGAGUUGGCCUCUCUGCUUAUCAAAAUAGAUAUAUUUCCUGCCAAGCAGGAGAACGGGGAGAUCAGUCCCUUUGGCAGCUCGUCGUUCCGAGAACGGGGCUCCGAAUCUUCUGGCCAGCUGCUCCACGGACGGGCCCGGGAGGGCUCCUUUGAAGCCCGCUACCAGCAGCCCUUCGAGGACUUCCGCAUCUCCCAGGAGCACCUAGCAGACCACUUUGACAGCCGGGAACGAAGGGCACUUCGGAGAACUCGUAUCAAUGGAGACAACCGCCUCUAGACUUCACCGCACUGGCCUUUGAGAAUUAGGCGGGUUUGAGCAGCAGAUGCCUCGUGGAAUUCUGUGAACUGGCCCUUACUUCAGGCAGCCCUCCUGGGUUCUCUGCCCGAUGCUCCAGCGGAGAUCCGUCACACAAACACCAAGCCAUUGUUCAGCUGUUGUACUGUCGUGAGUCUGUUCACUCUUGUCCAUGAUAAAGGCAAGAAGACUAUACCAUGCCUGGCAUUGAGCACAAAAUCUUGUCUCGGCCCCCCAGAGACUGGUGCUCUCAUCUCACCUCUCCUGGAAAGGACAGGGCCCUUGUCCCGGCUCCCUCGCUCACGGGGAGCACGGGCAGGUCAGUCACCUUUGCCCCCAACAGAGCUCUGGGGCUCUGAGGAGCAUGGACAGAUUCCCGAGACUGACUAAGGGGCUGACUGCUGUCUUUGCUGGUUCCUGAAGGGACCCACAAAGACCCCCAAGAACAAAGUUUACAUCCUCCUGUAGCUUUAAAACCACGAAUGAACGGCAUGAGAGGGCUAAUGUUCCUGAGUGGUUGUCCCCUGAUCAAUCCAGGCCCGACUUGAUGGUUGCCUUGUUAGUGAGACCUGAAACCCACUCCACAGGGGCAUCUGUGCUGAAUAUUUUACUUGGGGAGUGGGACAAGAAAGGCAAUAUUGCAGACGUAGCAGUGUGCCCCUGGAACACUAACCCUCUUUCAGGAUGGAAUGCUCUCCUGAAGUUAAAACAUGUUACAAACAGCAGUAUUAUUUUUUCUUCUAAAUUGUAUUGUAACUAAGUUAUUUACUCCCCCCCUCCCCAUACUGUUCCUGUUAUCACAACCCCUAAAGCAGGUGGCAUUUAAAAAAAAGCCUGCCAACCACCCAUGUGGCAGCUUCCUGAGUUGAGCUGAGGGCCAGCUGAGAUGCUCAGUGGUGGCUGCUUGGUGGGCCUUUGAGAAGUGACUUAGGCAGUGUCAGUGACAGUGCCAGAAGAGGCUGGGGAAAAUAGCUGACUCGAAAAAAUUUUAAGGGAAAGGGGUCACAUUUUAGGAUUCUUAAGUUUUUUAGGCAUGAAAAGGGAAUUUGUAGUUAAUAUUCAUCAAGAGCAACAGAGAACAUUGGGAAAUCCCUAUGUCUGAUGUUGAAUGGCCAGGAAGGCAUCUGUGAGGCUGAACUAGCAGCUUGGAUACUGUGGUUUUUGUUAUCUACUUGGAAUGAUUGACUUUCUGGCCCCAAGGAGAAAGCCUUCCCUCAGACCUGACUAGAAGAGACAGGCUGACUUGGGUGGGGAGAAGAGAUUCUGUAGGACCUACAACUGGUGUCUCAUGUCCUGGGUUUGAGAAAUCAGUGCUUGCCCUGGGGCAGGAGCUCAGAGGAGGCUCAGCCCUCAGCUGCCUUCCUUCAGCAUAGGCAAACCUGCCACCCCCAAUUUUGGGUCCUCAGGACUCCGACCACCAAAUAAAAAGACUUCAGGUGAUUCUGCCCUCUCCCUCUCUUCUUCCCCCUUCCGCCCCCCCCCCCCCCCCCCCCCCCCCCCCCCCCCCCCCAAUUGGUGUAUUCUUUAUGGAGGCAAGGGGAACUGGGAAGCUAUUAGCACUUAGUCACCUAUACUGAGCUUUUGGCAGUAAGCAAAGAUGAUGUUACCAGAUAAAUUGGAAAUACAGGGUGUCCUAAAAUCUUAGUGGUGUAAAUUACUGAAGCAAGUUUAGUAAAUUAAAAUUAAAGUUUUAGUAGCUUACAAUGGCACUAAGAUUUUGGGUACAUCUUAUAUUGUCAGAGAUCUGUCUAUACUACAACUUCUUUUUGCCCAACUGUGUCUAUCAUUCCCCUCAAAGUGAUAGGGAGAGAGGGCAGUUAAGCAGGGAAGGUUCCAAUUUGUUAUUUCAAAACUUCCAUUCAUACAAACUAUUCCCAUAAGGCCAGCAACCCAGGAGGAGGUCUAUCUUCUGUCAGGUUGUAAAGAAAUUUAAUAAACUCUUAUCUCUCCUGUUCCUCCUCAACCCUGUCCUCAAAAGGCCCCAAGCUGCUCUGAAAGCAGACCUAUCUCUGGCUAGACUGCUGCUGAACAAAUAUUUCAUAUAAAUUAUCUCCCAUCUCAAUCUCAUGUUUCAGCAGUUUACAUAUAAGCCUAGGCAAGACUUCAGAUAGUGUAGGAUGAAUUCCUAAAGCUCAAGGCAUACGUGUUCCCCAGGAAUAAGAAUAUCUAAAAAGAAACUAAAUCUGUCCAGGAAGAUGAUGUUUUUGUUAAUCAACCACAGGUGGCAUAAAAAUUACCAUAAAGAAAAACAAUUUGAACUCCAAGCUAUAUAGAAUGCCUAAAGGAGCAUUUAAAAAAAAAUUUAUCUGUUUUACAAGUGUUUCACUGGAACUUAGAAAGUAUAUAGCUCAGUUGGUUCUUCAUACCAUCAUUACCCUGUUCUUCUCCAAAACAAGACUGACCCCCCAAGAAAAGGACUUCCAUUAACCUGUGGUGCCUGUGAGAGGCAUUAUUUUGCAGAGAUUUGGUAAAAAGAUGUUAUUGGGAGUACAAAGGUCACCAAGCCAAAAGCCUGAGGAAGGACCUUGGUUGGACGUUCAACUGUCAGCCCUCCCCAGUUUUUCCUCCUGGGCUCUGUUGGAAACAUAUGGUCUAGUCCACCCAAAGGGGAAGAGAACUCUCUGUUAUUCAUAGGUGGGCCUGAAACAAAAAAACCUUUACAUUUGUUAUCUCCUGGAGGGCAUUAAAUGACUAGGCAUCAGGCAAAGUGAUCCCUCCCACUGUUCCCAUAAAAAAGGCGCCCCAGGCCACCUCAUGGCAGCAAAACCCAGCCUCGUAGUAUGUACGCAUUACUGUGUAGGAGUCUUUCCAAUUCUGUUGGGUUUUUUAAAUUCCUUGAUUCUGGGUUUCCAUUCUAUUAUUAUUUUGGUUUUUAAUAUUAGAAAAAUGGUAACAUCUUUGAUGCCACGAGAGCUUUUUCUGAUUAGUAAAUGGCGAGGAUGGACAGUGGUGCAUACCAUUGUCAAGUCUACUUCAUUACAAAAUGUACUUUGUUCAUUUAUUCUGACAAGUUUAGUUUUUAUGAAUAAAUACCUCAGUUUAUUAGCAAGCUUUCUUUAUAGUAAAUAUUUUGUCAAAGGGAUGAGAUGAAGUCAUUUCUUUGAGCCUCUCAAGCAAUGGCUGAAUUUGUGUGACUUGUCUUUUAGUAGAAUGUGAUAUUUCUAAAGAGAAAAUAAUCUCGAUUCUAAGUUAAAAUUUUAAAACUUUCCAUUCAGUAAUAGCCUCCUUUUACUUCAGGUGAAUAUGAUUAUUAGCAAAAUUAAGAGGUCCAACUGAGCACAGAGACAUGGGACACAUCUACAAUCCUGCUCUAAACUCAUAUCCUCAACUUGAACUAAUUCAGCAGACCCUUUGGUUACUUUUCAGGAGGAUCCAUUCCCUGAAGCGGGGGAUUCUCACAUUCUCACAACCAGACUCCUGGGAUAACAGAAAAGACUGGUUCUGGGAUGGUUAUAUUAUUCCCCUUUCAACUGCUGUUUUUAUUCAAGACUAAUUUGGUUGUAGCUUCUUCAACGGUGAGGCGUGAACUAUGGUUCGGGAGGUGGUGAACGAGGGUUUGGGGGUGGGCAGGGAAGACCUUCCUUUGCAGCACCAAUAGUAAGAGGAAUAAAGUAAAGCUGUUCUGACCCUGGCCUCAGAGACUUAAACAGCAAGGACCAGGACUCUUCUGUACAUACUCAGGCUUUUUUUCUCUGCUCUUUCAACAAAAGCAGUAAUUUCACAUCUAGUUGUGAUUAAGGCAACUCAGCUUGGCAUGCGAGAACAAGGUUAUGUCUGGAAUAGAGACUUUCCUUUGUAAACGUGCAUCGUCUAGCAGAUGAUGUUUGGACAGGCUUUUACUUUGCGCUUUAAGAAAAGAAAAUCAUACUAUAGGAAUUAGCAAAAUCUGCCUAGGCUGCUGCUGCUGCAACGUACGUGGAGGCAGUUGGGACUGAAUCAAGACCCCCUUCAGAUUCCUUAUGCAUUAUUCUAUGUCAGUGACAUUUUGCCAUUAAUGGACUUAGUUUAUUGAAGAAUUCAAAAUCUUUGGCGGAAGUCAAAUGUUGCAACUACACAUAGAAACCAGAACAACAGUUGAUACGAGUUGAGUUGGAUCAUUUGCCGAUAUCCCACCUUACCUAUAAAUUCAGACUUCCUUCAUAGGAAAAAAUCUGUGAAUGUGAGAUAAUGGUUUUAUGUAUUUUAUUUAGGAUUAAUCAAGAUCUGAAGUACCAUUUAGAACCAUUUCAAACUAUACAAACAAUUUUUCUUUUUCCCUCCUUACAUUAAGUCCACAUAUACAAGAUUUAGGGAAAUAACACAAUGUACUUCUUAGAAGGAGCAGUAGUGCUAUAAGGAGUGCUAGCCCUUGAGACCAACUGUAGGUAAAUUUUGCACUCACAUGAGCCACUAUAAGCAGUAGCAAUAACCACGGCCCCCAGUCUAAGGCAGGUUUUAGAUUUUUAAAAAAUGUUUACCCCAGUUUAAAAAAAAAAAAAAAAGUUAUUCACAUGUAAGGCUAAAUUAACAUGUGCCUUAGCCCCCUAGUUUUUCCACUGUACCCUACCCCCAACCCUAUCCCUGGCUAUCUUCUAGAAUCUUAAGACCUGUUAAUCCACAUAUUGAGUCCACAAGGCUAGUUCUUUACCUUUAGACAAGUAAUCAGAAACAGGUCCGUUUUGAACUGCUGAAUUCACUGAAGUGAAUUGUUUUCAAAUCCAGUUUAUUUCUCAGCAGUGGUCAGUCUUGCAGUAGCAAAAUCAUUACAAUCUUUUUCAAAAUCUCUUCCUGCAGCAUAUAAGGAACAAAGUGCUUAUACUCAAAUUAGCAGGAGAGAGAAAGAAGCAGGCUGUUCUCAGAAGUUACCUGUA